GACUCCGCACAAGAGUUGCAUUUUUACAUCGCUGACAUAAUUUCUCGGCCACACGCCCCCGGAGCAAGGACAGUCGACCGUAGACAAUGCGCACGGUACUGGACCGCCCCGCCAAUAGUGCGGAUUGUUCGAGGUACAAAUGGGCGGAUAAAUUUGCUUUUGCUCCACUAACAAUAAGGCGUGUUACAACCUUUCUAUAUCUACCCUCACCGGCGAGAGGACGUAUCUUAACUCCCAGCCCGCACAAGAACAACAAUCAUGUCGGACAACGGCUCACCGAAUGGUGCCCCACGCACCGAAGAUUUGGAGCAUCUCAACAUUAAGGUCACGGACAGCAACAAUGAGAUAUUUUUCAAGAUUAAGCGCACAACUCAGCUGAAAAAGCUCAUGGACGCUUUCUGCGAACGCUCCGGGAAGAGCCCUCAGAGUGUGCGAUUCUUGUUCGAUGGCAGUAGAGUUAGCGGCACCGACACUCCCGACACGCUCGAUAUGCAAGACGGUGACACCCUUGAAGUGCAUCAGGAGCAGGUUGGCGGAUGCUAAAUCGCGGUCACGACCCUUGACAAAGGUGUCGCAAUCUAGCCACCGAAACGCUACAUUAAAGAAUAUGACUUGAUAAUCGAUGUGGCUGGGGAAAACAUAGUCGGAUCACCGUAGAUGAAGGCAUUGAUAUAGGAGUUCCCUGUUCCAGAUAUCCAGGUUCUCCUCAAGGAUUUUCCGGCGCAUGGUGUUCACGCGGGUCUCUCAAUUAUGGGAUGCUAUUAUAAGAAGCCUGAUUUCUAAGGCAUGACGAGAUGUAUCAAACGACAUCUGCGCGCUGGCUUUCAAGAGGAGGUUGAAAUUAGUAUAAGUCUUUUCAUAUAUGAUAGAUGACUUUAUGAAUAUACCAAGUUUCAGGCAUUGCAACUCAUAACUAGUCUAUUAUAAUUCAAGUAAAGUUUGGCUUUAAUUAAUAUAAAGGUCUAAAUAUUAAAA